UAUUUUGGCUCUGCUACUCAUUUGUCUCGCUGUCGCCGCCAUUAAACAACACGGAGGCAGUGUAAACCAUGGAGUGUCGCAUAUUUAUACCAUGAUUCAAGGAGUAGAGGCUUUGCCCAGGUGUGGUUUAUUCUGCGAGAGGUUAAUUUGUCCAUAAAGGUAAACAUGUGAGAGACGAAGGGGUCGAAAUAACUCGGAUUGGGAAAGGUUUGAUAAAGCAGGAGGGGGACUGAACAAGAAGGGUUUGUUGUGGUUUUCACCAGCACUUGAGAAACGAACGCGGCCGCGAAACGGUUUAUCACCACAGUUGACCAUCCAAAGUGAUCCACAAUGACAGAACAGAAGGUAAAGUGGGCCUGUGACUACUGCACUUAUGAAAACUGGCCAUCUGCAGUCAAGUGCACUAUGUGCCGUGCACCAAAGUCAAGGGGUCCCAUCAUCACAGAGGAACCUUACAAGAACAGCCCUGAUCUGGACCCCAGUCCGGAGUGGGACCCUCCCAGAACUGAGAGUGUCAGCAACCUCCUCAUCUGCCCUGACUCCAGUGCUAGGCCAAGAGUCAGGUCAGCUGGCAUAGCUGAAAUUGCCAACAAGUGGUCUUGCCAGAUGUGCACCUACCUGAACUGGCCCCGAGCACUCCGCUGCACACAGUGCCUGUGUCAACGCACGAGAACCAGCAGCCCCACCGAGUCCCCCCAGACUUCAGGCUCCAAUACAGGCUGUCGUCCUGUGCUCCACUCCCCUGUGGAUACCUGUGAGGAGUACAAUGACCGAAACAGACUCAACACCCAUCAGCAGCACUGGACAUGCACAGUUUGCACUUACCAGAACUGGCCCACGACUACAAAGUGCGUGGUUUGUGACCAUCCCAAGCCCAACAACCAGGAAGCCAUAGAGCUGGCUGAGUCUGCUGAGCCAACACCCAUGAUCAAUGAGCAGGACAGGGCUCGGUGGAGGGGGAGUUGCAGUGGAGGCCAGGGCCGAAGGAGGUCCCCUCCUACGCCCAAGAGGGAAGACAAUGUCCAAAUGGACUUUCAGAGGAUAGAGCUCGCUGCUGGAGCCAUGAGUAGCAAAGAGGAGCAAGAAGUUGACUUCAAGAAGCUAAAGCAGAUUAGAAAUCGCAUGAGGAAAACAGACUGGCUGUUCCUCAAUGCAUGCGCUGGUGUGGUGGAGGGAGACCUGGCGGCAAUAGAAGCCUACAAGUCAUCAGGUGGGGACAUUGCCCGGCAGCUCACUGCUGACGAGGUGCAGCUCCUCAACCGGUCCUCAGCGUUUGAUGUAGGCUUCACCCUGGUCCAUCUGGCCAUCCGCUUCCAGAGGCAGGACAUGCUAGCCAUCCUGCUCACAGAGGUGAACCAGCAGGCAGCUAAGUGCAUCCCUUCCAUGGUGUGUCCUGAGCUGACAGAGCAGAUCCGCAGGGAGAUUGCAGCCUCUCUACAUCAACGCAAAGGAGACUUUGCCUGUUACUUCCUUACUGACCCGGUCACCUUCACUUUGCCUGCAGAUAUAGAGGACUUGCCGCCUGCUGUCCAAGAGAAGCUGUUUGACGAGGUAUUGGAUCGAGAUGUGCAGAAAGAGUUGGAAGAGGAAUCUCCUGUCAUCAACUGGUCUCUGGAGCUGGGCACACGCCUGGACAGUCGCCUGUACGCCUUGUGGAACCGCACAGCCGGAGACUGUCUGUUGGACUCUGUUUUACAGGCCACCUGGGGCAUCUACGACAAGGACUCAGUUCUCCGCAAGACCCUCCAUGACAGCCUGCACGACUGCUCCCAUUGGUUUUACACGCGCUGGAAGGAGUGGGAGUCGUGGUACUCGCAGAGUUUCGGUUUGCAUUUCUCCUUGAGAGAGGAACAGUGGCAGGAGGACUGGGCGUUCAUCCUGUCUUUGGCCAGCCAGCCCGGGGCCAGCCUGGAGCAGACCCAUAUUUUUGUUCUUGCACACAUUCUUCGCAGACCGAUCAUAGUCUACGGAGUAAAAUACUACAAAAGUUUCCGUGGGGAAACGUUAGGAUACACUCGUUUUCAAGGUGUGUACCUGCCUCUGUUAUGGGAGCAGAGUUUCUGCUGGAAAAGCCCCAUCGCACUGGGCUACACACGGGGCCACUUCUCGGCCCUGGUGGCCAUGGAGAACGACGGCUACGACAAUCGCGGUGCGGGCGCCAACCUCAAUACUGACGAUGAUGUCACGGUCACUUUCUUGCCACUGGUGGACAGCGAGAGGAAGCUGCUGCACAUUCACUUCCUGUCUGCACAGGAGAUGGGCAACGAGGAGCAGCAGGAGAAGCUGCUGAGGGAAUGGCUGGACUGCUGCGUGACAGAAGGAGGCAUGCUGGCAGCCAUGCAAAAGAGCUCUCGCCGCCGUAACCACCCCCUGGUCACCCAGAUGGUGGAGAAGUGGCUGGACAGAUACCGCCAGAUCCGCCCCUGUGCCUCUCUGUCUGACGGUGAGGAAGAGGAGGAUGAAGACGAGUGAGUGAAGGAGCCCUUUAAUCUAAGACUGGACACUGUAGGCUCUGUGAGAGUAUCUUACUAUUUCUUUUUUUUUUUUCCCUCCAAAAUGUAAAUCUUUAACUUGUAAUAAUGCAUGUGUUGUGUGAGCUCCGUGAUAGAAAUUAAGAUACCAGCAACAACAAACAGAAUCCUGAUUACUGCUCCUAUGAAAGCACAUCAAGUCCACUUAGUUUGCCUUCCUGUACUGCGAUUUCUCCUUAUUUGUUAUCAAAGCAAUGAUCUCUUAAAUACUAGGACAUAUAGGAAAAUAUAAUGUAUUCAAGGAAAUCCCGAAGCUACACUAGAUGAGAAAUUUAAUUUACAGAAUUGCCUGACAGAAAUGUUUGCUUAAAACUGAGAGGAUGCUGAUCUUUGUGUGUAUGUUGAGGUUAAAAGGGCACCGUUGUUUUCUGAUUGCCGAUCCCUUCUGAUGUGUGGAUUUAUUUAUUUGUUUAGGAGAUUUAGUGCCGGAGGCGAUACCUUUUUGUUCUGCCCUGUUUUAUCUGUGUUCUGUUUGAUCCGUUCAGUCUUGGAGUAUUUUAUUUUGCAAAGAUGAUACCUACAUUCUGUGAGGGGCGGGGGAAAAGGACAUACAAGUUUACUGACAUUUUUACAUGUGAUUUAGUAGCUCAUUGUCAUGUUAGAGUGGGUGGUGGUGAUGCUGUUGGGGAAAAGAAAAAAAACCAAACACUCUGCCUCUUUGUAUAGAGUGCAUACAUAUUAAAUUUGACUCACUUGCAUCCUCUUUGUUGUCAUUUGCAUUUGUUUUCAAAUUUCUUUGCUGCAUUUCUAUUUGUCACUAUUAGAACUUGUUUAUACAUCAGCGCCCCCCUGUGACAAUGGAAACAACGAUAUGGAUGAGAGCAAAGGAACAUAAUUCAUAGAACAUAAUUCGGCUCUGCUUAAAAAAAAACAGGACAAAGUGUUAUAAAUCAAGCUGAUACAGACAGCUGGUUCUCAGAAGUGUAUCUUUUAUUUGAACUGCACUGAAUGCUAAAUGUUCACCUUGUACAAGAAACAAAUACAAAUACUCACACUAAAAACAAAAACAUACUGCUGGCUGCCUCUUCUGCUAUUGUUGGGACACUAAGUAGGAGUUUCUGCUAUUGCUCUUACAGAGUACAGGAUGCCCCGGAGAACCUGGCCUUCAAUAGAACAAAGAAAAUAUAAGGAGAGAAGAGAGAGGGCGGAUCACAUAGGACUAUGGUUAUAGGAACAUUUAACUAGGCAAUACAAAUCUAACAGGACUUUUCAAAACUCUUUAACACCAAAAACAUGGGAUGUGCCUUGUAUAUAAAAAUACCACAAUGAAUAGGAGGGAGGAGAGAAAAUAUUCAGACUAACCAGAUUGGUCUUGACUUUGUUUUGUUUUUUUACUUCAAAGACAAAUUCUGGGAAUAAACAAACUAUCUGCAAAAAGGUGUUUUCCUGAGUCAUUAAGAAAUAAAGUUUGCUUUAACCCUUUCCUGUCUUUACUGUGAUAUGUGCUCAAAGAAGAAGAAGGGGGGGGGGGGAAUUGGUUACAAUAUGUGCGCUGCUGCCACUAAGUUGAUAUUGGUUGUCGAUAGAAGAAUCAGAUGCAGUCACACCAACUUCAUUAUUUUUUUACUCUUAUUUAAAAAAAAAAAAGAUAAUUCUCAGUCAUACUGACACAUCAACUCUUAACUAUAGAGAAAACCGUAGCUUGCAGCUCCCUCUAAAUCCAUUCCAUGUCAAAAUUUAGCUACUAUCACAUGUAUAACGUGAAUGUUUAGUGUUUACCACUGAAAGAAACUAAUUCACACAAUAUAUUGGAGCAACUUAUGGUCUCAAUGGUCAGAAGUGCAGCAGAAAUCCCUCGCACUGUGUAGAAGCGCCCUCAAGUGGUGAGAUCCUGUAACAGCAGCAGCUGUUGUAUGUACAAUAGCCAGGAAAGGGUUAAAACCCCCUCUUGAUUACUAUAUUAAAACUGAUAAGCAAUCUUUUCCUUUUGUUUGACGAAUGAUAAAUAUAUAUAGUCAAUAAUCCAUUUUUAGUCAUUCACACUGAAGA